AUUGGUUGAUUGAUUGAUUGAUUAAGGUGGUCCAUGUCCUGGACACGAUGCACCAGGGGAAGUGGGAGUGGCUUUGCUCCCGGGUCGAAGCCUACUCUGGAACCGACCUAUCGGAAAAAGGCACCAUCCCCUCUUACUCACGGGCCCAGCAGCUUCUCCUGGUAAAGAUGCAGAAGCUGGUGUGUCGAGGAGGAAGAGAGGAGAAUGACAGCCUGCGCAACUUCAAGAACAGCUUACAGCCUGAAGAGUCCAGCCUGUCCUCAGACCCCAAAUCCAGCCCUCGCAUGUCCAGAGCUAGCGUCUUCAUCACACAGAUACUACAGUUUGUCAGCAGGGUGGAUAAUAAGUAUAAGCGUAUGAACAGCAGUGAGCGUGUUCGCAUUGUGAGCUCAGGAAACCCAACGCUGCCCAGACCAGGCUUCGAAACCCUGAGACAGGAUGGAAACCCAACGCUGCCCAGACCAGGCUUCGAAACCCUGAGACAGGAUGGUAAGCCCUGCACCCUACACACUACAGGAAACCCAACGCUGCCCAGACCAGGCUUCGAAACCCUGAGACAGGAUGGUAAGCCCUGCACCCUAAACACUACAGGAAACCCAACGCUUCCCAGACCAGGCUUCGAAACCCUGAGACAGGAUGGUAAGCCCUGCACCCUACACCCUAAACACUACAGGAAACCCAACGCUGCCCAGACCAGGCUUCAAAACCCUGAGACAGGAUGGUAAGCCCUGCACCCUACACCCUAAACACUACAGGAAACCCAACGCUGCCCAGACCAGGCUUCGAAACCCUGAGACAGGAUUCACCAAAACUACAUCCUACCAUAAACUGACAUCCUACCAUAAACCUACAUCCUACCAUAAACCUACAUCCUACCAUAAACCAUAUACACUACUACCUAUACGCCCUGUUUCUCUCUAUAUAUAUACACACACACACACAUAUACACUACACCUGUUUAUCUCUCAUAUAUAUAUAUAUAUAUACACACACACCUAUACACUACACCUGUUUAUCUCUCAUAUACAGUGCCUUGCAAAAGUAUUCGCCCCCCUUGAACUUUGCGACCUUUUGCCACAUUUCAGGCUU